CUACAGAGCAGACGAGGCAACGAGAGAGGCAGAAGAGAAGCCCGAUUUCUCCAAUGUCAACAGUCUAUAUUCUAAGGCAGUGAAAUAUAUACAAAUAAUUAACGGGGUGAUAUGAAUUUUUCCUGAUGAUUUUUGUUUAACACACGGAUAUCAGAUUCAUUUUUAAUAGACCAUCUGCCUACACACACUCGAACCGGCUCACCGGUUUACAGGCAGCGUGCGUGGGAAACGUCUACCGGACGAUGGAUGGUAUUCUGUGUCAAUGUCGAUCGGUGUGACUACCUCGAGUCACCGUUGAGUCACUGGAUUGUUUCACAUGAAGGUUUAUUUCUCGAAACGUAACGUGAGUAGGCUAAUCAACUAGUCAUCGUACUGAACGGGAUUUCCUGUCACCACCGGGUUGGAAUUGUGAAACCUUCGCUUAUUGUGGCCCGAAUUCUUUAUUGGAAUAUUUUUUUAGCAGAAACACUUUCUUGGGAAAUCUCCUAGUCUUCACAGCUAAUGCCAACGAGACCAUUUAAACCUUAACUAAUCAGAUGAUGAAUAUUCUGUCUCCCUGCGUCAAUGACGGCUAAAAUGGAUACCCCUUUCUACCAUGACGAGUCCGUAGGUGUCCCUCACAACUUCGGACAGCACCAUGCAGAUUACCAACGUUACCAGGGCCACAAGAUGAUGAGUAAGAAGGUGGCACAUAACUUCUCAGGCGGUUCCCACAGCAGCUCUGGCCUGAAACUGUUACAAAACCAGCCGGGGAGCAACUGCAAUAUCAAUCCUAAUAAUCUGGGAGGGAUUAACAGCAACACAAACAGCUCGUUAAUGCCCGGCGGCUUGUCAGAUAUGAAUCUUCUGAAGCUAGCCUCCCCUGACCUCGAGCACCUCAUCAUCCAGUCUAACCAGGGCUUGGUGACGACGUCUCCUGUCCCCAACCCUAACGGAGGUAACCCCUUCAUGUACCGGAACAACGCCACUAACGAACAGGAGGGUUUUGCCGAUGGGUUCGUCAAAGCCCUGGCGGAUCUCCAUAAACAGAACCAGCUGGUCGGAGCUCCCAUGUCCCCCUCCUCCUCUAUACAAGGCCCCUACCAGAGGAACAUCAUGUCUGCAGGAGACCUGCCCAUCUAUACAAACCUCAGCAGCUACAACCCGAACCACCCCAACCAUGUAUCAUCAUCCUACCCAGGGGGCCAGAUGCCCGACGGCUACCCAUGCCACGGACCCCACAGACCUGGAGGCCAGGGACCCCACCAUCCCCACAACAGGGGCCUGGAUGCCCCUCAGACUGUCCCAGAGGUCCCUCACCCUCCUGGGGACACCACCUCCUCCCCUCCCUCCCUCUCUCCCAUCGACCUGGAGACCCAGGAGAGGAUCAAGGCCGAGAGGAAGAAACUACGUAACCGGAUCGCGGCGUCUAAGUGUCGUAAAAGGAAGCUGGAGCGGAUCUCCCGGCUAGAGGAGAAGGUGAAGGUUCUGAAGAACCAGAACUGUGACCUGACCUCCACCGCCUCGGUCCUGAGGGAACAGGUGGCCCAGCUCAAACAGAAAGUCAUGAAUCACGUCACCAACGGCUGCCAAAUAGCAGUCAGUUCAGUCACCCUGCAGGCCAACAGCACCGGAGAGAGGGACAGCACCAGCUGCUGAUCAACGGACUGUACAGGGAUGAGAAGUGUAUUUUUUUUUUUCUGUUGCUCUGAGUCAGUCCUCUAUAAAGGAGGUAGUACCUCUACUGUACAGGGAUGAGGAGUGUUGUGAUGGUAAGUAAAAUAUGCUAACUACGUGAGUGGUUGGGGAGAAGGGAGAAUCCCACCUCUCUAACCUCUACAGACAGUUUGAGUUGUAGUAGAGUAACACAACAAGAAAAGUACACGGGACAUUUCACUUUUAUUUUGCCCUCGCGCAGCCCUGAGAGCGACCAAAAGGACCUCUGCUCAAUAGGACUGACGACUGCACUCUACAACACUGAACCAAGUAACCGUUAGAGGAGUGAGGAGCGGAGGACAUCGUGCCUCUAGUAUACAGUUCAGUAGGUCCAGGGUGCUUGUGGUAAACAGGAAUUUUAAUAACUGAGAGAGUAUGAAACAUUCGGGGUUCCCUGGGGGGGUACAUACACUACACCUCAGAACAAGAAUUUCUACAUUCUAGGUCAUCUCUAUGAUAAAAAAUCAAAACACUGUUCUAUGGUAUUUUUACCUGAGUAUUGUCAGGUAUAAUUGUCAUUAUCUGAGUAUUGUCAGGUAUAAUUGUCAUUACCUGAGUAUUGUCAGGUAUAAUUGUCAUUAUCUGAGUAUUGUCAGGUAUAAUUGACAUUAUCUGAGUAUUGUCAGGUAUAAUUGACAUUAUCUGAGUAUUGUCAGGUAUAAUUGUCAUUAUCUGAGUAUUGUCAGGUAUA